AGCUAUAUGUAAGUGAUGCAACUGAGUCACUGGUGACUGCGUCUUCAGACGCUUCACCACAGAUCCUCUCCUGAACAGUGAAAGCGACCAGCGAUGUCGCAGCAGAAGGCAGUGUGGCUCAAGGCUAAGCAAGGGUCUUUCGAAGUCGGUCCUGCGCCGAUACCAAAGCCCGGCGAGGGCGAGGUGCUCAUCAAGGUUCACUCGACGGCGUUGAACCCUGUCGACUGGAAGAUCCAAGCGUGGGGGUUUCUGAUCGACAACUAUCCCGCUAUCCUCGGCGGUGAUGCCGCAGGCAUCGUCGAGGAAGUCGGUCCCGGCGUCGUGAAUCUCAAGAAGGGCGACCGAGUAUUGACAAACGGCGUGAAAGGCAAUGAACAUGCGACUUUCCAACAAUACACGCUCGGCUAUGCCGACGUGACAGCCAAGAUCCCAGAGAACCUCUCCUUCGACCAAGCAGCGACGAUUCCCCUCGGUAUGGCUACCGCCGCGACUGGGUUCUUCAACGCAGACGCACCGUCCUCCAGUGUCGGUCUCUUCCCAGCAUGGGAAGAUGGUGGGCGUGGAAAGUAUGCUGGAGAGCCUAUCGUUGUCAUCGGUGGAGCUAGUUCGGUCGGUCAAUACGUCAUUCAGCUAGCCAAGCUCGCUGGCUUCGGCCCUAUUAUCACCACGGCCUCCCUGCGCAACACCGAGUCUCUAAAGGGACUCGGAGCGACGCACGUCCUGGAUCGCAACCUCUCGAAGGAUGCGCUCAUCGCGGAAGUCGCGAAAAUCGCGUCUGCGCCUGUGAAGGUUGUGUGGGACACCGUCUCAGAGGCUGAGACGCAGAACGUCGGCUACGCGAUCGUUGCAUCCGGUGGGACACUCGUCAUUGUCUUGAACGAUGCGGUGCAGAACAAGACGGCGGACAAGCGGAUUGUCCAAACCUUGGGUAACACGAACAUCCCACAGAACCGCAAGGUGGGGGCGAGUCUAUAUUCGAAAUUACCCGCGCUUCUGGAAGGAGGUACCAUCAAGCCGAACCCUGUGGAAGUGCUUCCCAACGGGUUGGAGGGCAUUAUUGCUGGCCUGAACAAGCUCAAGCAGGGUGUCAGUUACGUGAAGCUCGUUGCACAUCCCCAGGACACGGCCUGAUAGUUGAAUUGUCGAUACGAAUACGGUGUGAGCGUCUUAGGAGGAAAGUUGCUGAUGCGGCAGUCACAAUGAGUAGUUUGUAGAGGUUCAAUACCUUCAGGAGCA